AUGCCUCUAACAAAGCGUUCUAUAUCACCUGUCACAGUAAGCCGAGGAACUCUUCCACCGAACAUCCAAAGAGACGAGCUUCAAUGUGUGGCCAACGGCACUCUGGCAAACUUGAUACGACAGUUGGGAUCGCUCAGCAAGCAUUCUGAGGACGUUUUCGGAGAGAUCUAUCACGACGCUAUGAAGAUUCAACACAAAACGAACACUCUAGAACAGAGAGUGAGUAGACUUCAUGAAAAGAUCAAAGAUUUGGACAUCAACAAUGACCAAGGUAUGCUCGAGCUCGUUUCAAUUAAAAAAAAAACUUUUUCAGCAAGCCUAAACCAGGCGAACAUGAGGAAAGCGUUCAAAAGCUCGAUGUUGGUCGAUCAGCACGUUUUCGACAGAAGCACGCUUCCAACGGCUCUUUCGGAAAGAUACGCCAUGUGCGACCAGCCUCCUAAUUUGAAUGCGCUGAACCAGUACAGGUAGACCUUCGUGGAGCUUUGUAGGAACAUAUGAAUUUUUUUUUUUCCAGAGACUCUUCGGAGCCGGCUCUGAAAUUGUACACAGAUCCGGCGUUCUUUUUCGAUUUGUGGAAGAGUGAAAUCCUCAAAGACGUUGCCGAGAGGCCACGUCGUGUCAAAUCUCCAGCAGAUGGAAGCAAAAGCCCAAAAAAGAGAAGGCAACGGAAUCCAAAUGCUCCUCAAGAAUUUGACGAAGUACCAAGGCAAAAAGCAAAUCGGUCGGUUUCAGAUUCAUUAUUAUUAAAAAAUUUUUUUUUAGAUAUAUGGCUUCGCUUCGAAAUCAACAAACUGCAGUUUUCUCUUUUCCUGACGAGUAUCAAGCUCCACAAGCGUUGGGAAUCAACUUCAAUCGCGGAAAUCAGGUAUUUAUCAUUCAAAAAAGGAAACGAAGAAAAAAAUUCCUUAUAAAUUACUAUUUUUUUCAAAUUGAAAAAUAAGAAAAAGUUUAACUCAUUACAAUAAUUCACAGCAAAACUUUUUUUUAAAUUUUCAACGAUAGAAACGUUGAAAAAUACUACAGCGAAAAGUUUUGAAACUUAUCUUUAAAACGGAAAUUUUCAAUGUCAAUCGGCUCUUUAUAGAACGUUAUCUUAAACAAAGUAAAAAAAAAACGUUUUCCCAAAAAAUUUGAAUUAGAAUUUAAAAAUAUCAAUCAAAGAAUUUCAAAAUAAUUAUAAAUUUGAAAGAAAGACGCAGUUUGAGUAUUUCAUUCACGCUCGCAUUACAAACAAAAGUUUUUCGAGUCUUCAGAGAAUAUUCUGUUAUGGAAUAAUCGAAUAUUUUUGUCGGUGCGCGAAAAUGUCUCCUACCAAGCGCAUAGAUCUUCACGCCAUUCUCGUGAAAAGAAGUCGAAUUUUAAGCGGUGCGCCGAUCAGUUGCUUCUCCAGUGUCCACUCCCCGAAAAUUUCUGUUGCUUUUUUCCAUGUCCUGUGUUUCCUGUUUCGACUUUCUUGACCCUUCCCCAUUUCAGCAACACGGAAUGACAUCUUCGGCUCCGAUGGUGCCACCUAUCGGAAUGUCUCUUCAAUCGGCGCACUUGACUCACCAAAACGAAGCUCCCUAUCCUUCCAUUUCGUCUCAUCGCCAAGCACCUGUGGCCAUUCGUAGCAGCCCUCAGAGGGAUGUUGAAAAGGUUUUUUUCUUUUCCAUGUGUGGAAACGCUCUGUAGUUAUCCUGUUGUGCGUCUAAAUGACAGCUCAUUUAUAUUGUCUCUUUUUUUUAAUAUUUUAAUUUUUCAAAACGGUCAAAAAACUAAAAACUAUUUUGUUACAAAAGUUGGAUUGAUCUCUGCAGAGACACAAUGAUCUGCCGUUGCCGGACAUGGCUAUUCUGGCGAUUGACGACGACGACGAAGAACUACCGCCGCCGCCUCCCAUGCUCAUGCACUCCUCGAUUGUCCAUCAACUUCCAGCCGAAGUCCCUUCGGCCAUUCAAUUUGUCGAGCCCAGCGCCGAACCGGCCAACGUAAGUUUCAUAAACAGUUUUGUGUUUGUUGGGACCAUUUAUCAAAAGCUUUUUCACUCAACACUCGCUUGGUUUUUUUGUUCGCUUGUUUGAACUAAUCGAUAUCUUUCGUCACUUAGUCGGAACGAUGAUGUUUUGUUGAUACUCGGGAAAGUUUUCUUUACUUUUUCAAAAUUUUACAAAAAGGUCACAAAAUUUUUCGCAAGAAAAAUAAAAAUUCUAGCUCUCGGCUUACUAAAUUAUGUGAAUUCUGUCUCUGAAAUGGAGCGCCACAACUCUUUCUUUGACAUACACUAUUCCAUCGUUUUCUCGCAGCUAGAUAACGACGAAACAGUGCGUCAUAGAAAGAUUUGUGGUGCUCCAUGUCAGUGGAUAUAUCAAGGCCCUGAGAAGUUAUUAUUGUGUUUCUUACCCCGCUGUUAACCGAAUCCUGUGUUCCUAAUGUGCCGUGGCUCUCUUCUGAAAGGCCCACGUCUUCCAGGUCCCGCCGCCUCCUCCUCCGCCACCACCGCCUCCGCCGAUCUUCAACCAACCUGCUGCCGCCACUUUUGCGUCCAAGGUUCUUUUUUCUUUUUGGGGCUUUGCUGGCUCUUUAUGUCGCUUCUGGUUCCUUUGUUACCUUCGAACAAUUGCCGGGCGCCUAGAGAUCGGCACAACUCUUUCUCCGACGCUAUGUCGUAGUUUUUCGCGCAGCUGCGUAGCUAGAUAACUACGAAAAGGGUGUGUCAGAGAAAAAAUUGUGGCAAUCUAUAGGCGCCGCAUUCUCAUAACUAAAUAUAUUUCCUGAAAAGUUUUGCUGACAAGCUUCCUAGAACUUUUACAGUACUAUGUGGCGACUAUUUGAAACACACGAGUAUUUUUCCAAAAAAUUAUGAGAGAAAAAAAGUUACAAUAUCUAAAAAAACGUAAUAAAUCAAGUUCUGUAGAGUUUUUUUAAAUUUUAUUCCAAUAAAUUUUUUUAAAUCUUCACGAUCUUGUUUCCGCACAGAGCUCUUAUAAUAAGAGCGAAUUGAAAACCUCCAGUUCUUCUAUCUCGUUUCUUUCGCGCACUUUUUCUGUAAAAAUUAUCAGAGAUUUUUAAAUUAAAGUUUAUGAAGAAUUAGUUUGUAUAUAAAUUUUUUUUUUUCAGUUUCAGUUUUUUUUCUGAUUUACCGUGUCCUUUUUCAGCCGCAGCCAGACGGUUCGACCGCACCGGUUGCCGAGAAGAAGCCCGAUGCUCGAGGAGAUUUGUUGGCUCAGAUUCAAAGUGGCAUAAAGUUGAAAAAGGUAUGAAUUAUUAUCAUUAUUCUUUUCGAAAAGUUGUAUUCAAAUUUUUCAUUCAAAUGCAUGAAAAGUUGUUUUACUAGUUCACCUGGUUAAUUUAUACUAGUCACGUUUUCAAUAGUUAGUCCUAGAUACUUCGUAUUAGAUAAAGUUGAUAAACUGCAAAAUAGAAUCUGAUAAACAAAUCAGAGCCAUAAUUGACUAGGGCGAGUAAUUAUCAAGUUAAAGUCGAAUUUGGUCAGUUUUUGCGAUAAACCAGAGUAUCGUGGAAUAUAUUUCUAAAUAUUUCUCGUAAGUACUCAAUUUUUUGGAAAAUCUCCUUCGGUUAUAGAACUCAAAUCUCAAAUCUUUCUUAGGUUAUCAUUUCAAUUUGGUAAUCUUGCAGGUGCGACUAGCGGAAGAAGCAGCUGCGGAGAAGGCGGCGACGGAGAUGAACGACGUCGCGGCGAUUCUGAAGCGAAGGAUGGAGCACGUCUUGGGCAACGACGACACCAGCGACGAGGCCGAAUACGACGACGAUGAGUGGGACGACUAA